AUGUCAAACAACAAUAAUAAUUCAACACAUAAAUUAGUAAAUCUACCACAUAUUUUAUUAUCAAUUAUUGUUGAUAAUUUAACAGAUAAUAUCGAUAAGAUUUGUUUUAGUUUAGUUUGUAAAAGAUGGUUUGAAAAUAGAAAUAGAUAUCUAUUGUUUGAUACAAAUACUUUAUAUUGUAUCGAUAAACAUAGUUCAAAAAUCACUUUGAAUUCAUAUAGAUCUUUAAUAUUGCUCAACCAAAAGAGAGAAUGUAGCAUGUUAGUCAAUUCAGAAAAAGCCUAUUCUGGUCUUUACGAUCAUAUAAUAGAUUAUGAUUCAAUUGAAAGUAUAGAUGAAAUCGAUCCAAACAUAGUAAGGGUAGCAUUAAGAUUAAAAAGAUCCUUUGGAGCAGAUUACAAUAAGCUAUUUACUCGACUUUAUGAAUUGAUCAGUAAAUCUAAUUAUCAGGCAAGUAUUGGAGCCUGGAGUAUUACCAACAUCAUUAAAGAUUCUUAG